UUAAACCCGCGAGCAGCCGCAGACAGAUCCUCCGUGUAUUUGAGAGGAGUAUCAGUCUCAGACUGGUAGGCCACAGACAUGAGCUCUGUAAGAACCGCGUCUUUGCUCUGAAAAAUUGACCUCAUCUGACUUUUUUUCCCUCAUUCUAAAAUGCUGAUGAUGAGUCAGAAGUUCAUCAGCUCUUUUUGCCCCGGAAGCUUCUCCCAUCUUGAUCAUUAAUAUUAGGAUAAAAAGGUGAAAGUUGGAUUUUGUAACAUUCGCUAACCCAUACCCAUGACGGAGGGAUGUACAGUUGGUUCGAUAUCAAACCCCAGAAAACGGACAGUUGAGAGGAUGCAUGCAGUGUGGGUAUUUAUCCUGUUCAUUGAGGAGGGAUUUGCUCUGGCACAAAAGGCAAAAGAUGGAGGUGCAGGAUCGAAAGGGCUUAGACCCUCUCAACGGCCGCAGCAAUCUCAUCACUGUGGAAACUGGGUGCGGAACACAGAUGGUGGCUCCUUCAGCUCCCCAAACUACCCAAAAACAUACCCUCCCAACAAGGAGUGCCUGUAUGUCCUGGAAGCCCUGCCCCGCCAGAGGAUAGAGCUGCUGUUCGAUCAGACCUUCUAUAUCGAAGCGUCAUUUGAGUGUCGUUUCGACCACAUUGAGGUGAGAGACGGUCCCUUCAGCUUCUCGCCUCUCAUCAAUCGCUUCUGUGGCUCAGCCAGUCCCGGACUCGUUCUCUCUAGCGGACGCUUCAUGUGGAUCCGCUUUUUCAGUGAUGAAGAGCUGGAGGGGAUUGGCUUCCGGGUCCGGUACAGCUUUACUGCAGAUCCUGAAUUUCAUCUGCAUGUGGGAGGACUCCUAAACCCCAUCCCAGAUUGUCAGUUUGAGCUGUCUGGGGCUGACGGCCUGAUCCGUUCCAGUCAGGUGGAGGAGGACUAUAAAGUGAGGCCAGACCAGGCAUUGGACUGCAUCUGGACCAUACAAGCCCCAACAAACAACAGGAUUUACCUGCGAUUCUUGGAUUACCAGAUGGAAAACUCAAAUGAUUGUAAGAAGAACUUUGUGGCUGUUUAUGAUGGCAGUAAUGCCAUUGAGGACCUUAAGGCCAAGUUUUGUAGCACAGUAGCUAAUGACGUCAUGCUGGACACCGGUGUGGGAGUAGUGAGAAUGUGGGCUGAUGAGACAAGCCGUCUCAGCCGCUUCCGGAUGCUGUUCACAUCUUUUGCAGACCCACCCUGUUCAAGCAGUGCAUUCUUUUGCCACAGUAACAUGUGCAUCAACACUUCUCUGGUGUGCAAUGGCAUACAAAACUGUGUCUUUCCCUGGGAUGAGGGCAACUGCAAAGAGAAAAAGACCAAAAGUGUUUUUCACCAUAUCACAAAGACUCACGGGACAAUAAUCUGUGUGUCUACGGGUGUGGUGUUACUGCUCCUCAUCGUCUCCAUUCUGGUGCAAGUCAAACAGCCACGAAAGAAGGUGUUGGUACGUAAGAAUAACCUGUUCCACCGGGGAGACUUCCAGGAGGUGUUUGACCCACCACAUUAUGAACUCUUUACUCUCAGAGACAAGGAGAUGUCUGGGGACCUCGGGGAGUUAUCAGAGGAACUUCAGUCCCUGCAGGCGUUCAGGAGAUCCUCAUCAAGCUCCCGCUGCAUUCAUGAACAUCACUGUGGCUCUCAGGCUUCUGUCAACUCCAUUAAAGCCAGUCAAGUUGAACAUGGCCUGGGUAGGGGAUCCAUGGAGCUUCCCCCUUUCAAAGGGAACUUCCAAAGCGUCUUACCCCCCCUCAGGGACUUGAACAGUAGUAUGCGAAAGACGAGCUGGCCUAGUAUGAAACCAGGCCGAAUCCAGGGUCAUCAUGGUAUGGGGAAUAGAGUGUUGGGAAGGCAGGAUAGAGUGAUGGAAGAGGAUGAAGAGGAGGAUGAAGAUGGAAGGUAUGAUGUUUAUGUACGCAGAGCAGGAAGCCGAAGAGGGAACUAUGAAAUGGCCCAGCAAAGAUCCUUGUCCAUGGACUUCUGAAAAGAAAAGACAAGGUUGGUGUUGAGAUACUACAGGGGGCAGAACUCUGCACAUUUAUAGAUGAGGGGAGACAUGAGGUUAGGGCAAAUGUGUCUCACUUACCUUCUUUAUAUUAACAAUGAUUAAAAAGAAGCAAUCCAGGACUUCUCUUGUUUUUCUUGCCUCAUUUACAGUGAGGUUGGGAAACACGCGGUCUUUUAGAAAGUGCUGCCAACUCUGCCCGAACACUGACAGGGAGUUGCUAUUGUACUUGUGAUCCGUGUAAAAGUGAAGACAGAUGAUAUUGCUGUGUAAUGUUCUUGUUUUAUUUUUCUAAAUACAAUUUACUUUGAAGGUAAUAGAUUUUGUUGAAAUAUGCUUUCAAUCAGUGUUUAGGUUUUGAAACAAUGUUUGAAAGAGGAAGCGUGAUUACUUUUGAAGCAAACAUUGUAAGAGUCAACUGUUAGUUCUGUGGUUACCUGUAUUUAAGAAUGAAUAUGUACAUUUUUGCACCAAUAGCUAAGGAAAAGUAUCAUCUUGCCUUUGAUAUAGAGAUAAUAAAGAGAUAUAAAAUGACCAUCAGAAGUCA